AUGAUCAAGCUGCUACUAACAGAGUUGAUCAAGCUGCUACAUGGCAAGUUGAUCAAGCUGCUGCAUACAAUGCUGAGAUUACUAACCAUGAUGAUCAGUGUAUGGAUUCCACAUGAAUACUUCUUCUUCAUGAAUUUCAUUGCGCAUUUUCAAAAAGGCAAGUUAUCGGAGAAUCCUCUGCACUACGCGGUGGAGUUGGUGUGGAAGGCGAAGCGCGAAACAGCGACGGGUGAGUACCUGAGGUCGGUGGCGGGGCUGAUGGUGAUGCGAGAUCUGCCUAAUUUGGUGGCGGUGAACACUUAUAUGGUGACGAAUUUGACGCACGUGGGGUUCAAGGAAAUGGACGUUGGGUGCGGCGUGGCGGCGUACGGUGGGGCGCCGAAAGGGAUUUAUUGGCCGACCGAUAAUGUUCGAGCAGCUACGUACGUGGGCUUUAAGGACGGUUUCGUGGUUCUGGUUAGCCUGCCUCUCGAAUCUAUGGAAGUCUUCGAGAAACAUCUUCGGGUGACGAUGACUACCGCUCCAAUUCGUGAUAACUAG